GCGUCAAUUAACUACAAAUUGAGGCCUCUAUACGGAUUACGGUGACGUCUAGCACAUUGGCAAAAUGUAUGGUCUGCUGUUGGAAAAUCUGUCGGAGUACAUCAAGUCCGUGUACGGAGAGGAGAAAUGGGAGGACAUAAGACGACAGGCUGGCAUCGAUUCACCCUCAUUCAGCGUGCAUCAAGUUUAUCCAGAGAACUUGCUACAGAAGCUGGCGAAGAAGGCACAAACGGUGCUGGGAGUUUCAGAACGCGAAUUUAUGGAUCGCUUAGGAGUCUACUUCGUGGGCUUUGUGGGCCAGUAUGGCUACGAUCGCGUGUUGUCUGUGCUGGGGCGACACAUGCGAGACUUCCUCAACGGACUGGAUAAUCUGCACGAGUACCUGAAGUUCUCAUAUCCACGCAUGCGUGCACCAAGUUUUAUCUGUGAGAACGAGACGAAGCAGGGACUCACGUUGCACUAUCGGUCGAAGAGGCGUGGCUUUGUCUACUACACGAUGGGACAGAUACGUGAGGUGGCAAGGUAUUUCUACCACAAGGAGAUGCACAUUGAGCUGGUGCGCGAGGAGAUAUUGUUCGAUACGGUCCACGUGACCUUUCAGCUGACAUUCGAUAAUCGCGCUUUCACACUCGCAUCGCUGGCCAUGACGCGAGAGGAGAAGCACUUGCCCAUUAGUGCCCACGUACUCUUCGAAAUAUUUCCAUUUUGCAUUGUGUUUGGUGCUGACAUGGUGGUGCGCAGCAUUGGCAACUCUUUGAUGGUCAUAUUACCAGAAUUGCUGGGCAAGAAGAUUACUGCGUGGUUCGACUUGGUGCGGCCACUGAUUGCCUUCAAGUUUCAAACUAUUCUUAACCGCACCAACAACAUCUUCGAGCUGGUCACCGUCGAUCCAGUCACAGAGCGUUUGGAUGCACAAAACGAAGAUUUGCUGCUGCAUGACGAUGGUAGCGAGCCGGAAAAGUCGCUUCGUCUUAAAGGCCAAAUGGUCUAUAUGGAAAACUGGCGCAUGAUCAUGUUCCUGGGCACACCUGUUAUGCCUGAUCUGACAUCGCUGAUCACCACAGGACUCUACAUCAACGAUCUGUCCAUGCAUGAUUUCAGUCGCGAUCUUAUGCUCGCUGGUACACAACAGUCUGUGGAGCUCAAGCUGGCGCUGGAUCAGGAGCAGCAAAAGUCCAAGAAACUGGAAGAGUCGAUGCGUAAGUUGGACGAGGAAAUGCGACGCACCGACGAGUUGUUGUAUCAGAUGAUACCCAAGCAGGUGGCAGAUCGUCUGCGACGCGGAGAGAAUCCCAUUGAUACAUGUGAGAUGUUUGACAGCGUUUCGAUUUUGUUCUCGGAUAUUGUGACAUUCACCGAGAUCUGUAGUCGCAUCACACCCAUGGAGGUGGUGUCCAUGCUGAAUGCCAUGUACUCGAUCUUUGAUACUCUAACCGAACGCAAUUCGGUCUACAAGGUAGAGACAAUUGGUGAUGCCUACAUGGUGGUAGCUGGAGCACCGGAUAAGGAUGCGAAUCAUGCUGAGCGAGUCUGUGAUAUGGCCCUGGAUAUGGUGGAUGCCAUAACCGAUUUGAAGGAUCCCUCGACGGGACAACAUUUGCGCAUACGUGUGGGAGUACAUUCGGGCGCCGUUGUUGCCGGUAUUGUGGGCUUGAAGAUGCCGCGUUAUUGCCUGUUUGGCGACAGCGUUAAUACCGCCUCCCGCAUGGAAUCGACCAGCAUUGCCAUGAAGGUGCACAUCUCGGAGUCCACCAAGGUGCUGAUCGGACCCAGUUACAAGAUACUCGAGCGCGGCGAGAUCGAUGUCAAGGGCAAAGGCACCAUGAAGACCUACUGGCUGGAGGAGCGCGAGAAUCGCCUGCCGCUGCAGCUCACCUCUGGCCUCCAGCUGCAUCCCAUGUCCGCUGCUCCGCCACUAACUCCCAUUCCCAAGGCCAUUAUGCCGCCGCCCAAGCCAGUGACGCCAGUUGCACCGCCUCCCGCCGCUGAGCCUGUCCAGCCCCAUGCUCAGACAUCGCUGGCCAAUGUGGUGAUGGGUGCCAGUAGUGCCGUGGCUGCAGCCACAGCGUUGGCUCAUCAUGUGCCGCCAGCAGCAGCGGCAACGAGCACAAUGCCGGCUGCAGCAAGUGGCGAUGAGCGCAGCAGUCGCAUCUAUUCGCCGGUCACGUUCAAGGAUGUGGCCAGGCGCAGCAUCGCCAAUUCACCGGUGCGCGGUAGCGGUGGCAGCGGUUGUUGUCCCGAGCAGAGCAAGCGACGCGAAUCCCGCUCCAAUUCCACUGGUCACGUGUUCAUGCGCUCGCCCAGCGACAUCUUUGGCUCCCUAAUACUCGACACCGAGGAGUUUCUCGAGGAUCUGCAGAUCUCGCGCGGCUCCCUCGCCAACUCCAGCAGCAACAACAACAACAUCAGUCAAUCGCCCUGCGGCUUUAGUCCCACGCCACCAUUUCGCAUUGGCAGCGCACCGGCAAAGCCGCGACCCAGCAAUCCGGACAUGUUUACUGCCGAGGAAUUGGCCGCCAUGGAUCAGCUGACGCCGCCAUCCACAGCUCCGGCACGUGAGACGGCCACAUGCAGCAGUGCCGCCAGCCUAAAGCCAUCCACAUCGAAUGUGUCGCUGGAUCGCGACAAGGCACUGGCCAAGAUGAAAAAAAUCACAUUCUCCACCAGCACCACCCUUGAGGCCACUAAUACACCACCAGCAGCGCCAAUCACAGCACCAGUUGUCGUACCCAUCGUCGCUGCAGCAACUUCUAAGGUGGCGGCUCCCUCAGCUGCAGUUGGUGUCUGCCCCAUGCGGCAGCCAAAAACGCUGCCGUUGCAGCCUGUUCAUGGUGGCACAGCACCUGCUGCAGUGCAGGCCAACAGUGAGAACAGUCGACCGGGAUCCAAGGACUCUAUGACAUCCAUAUCACUGCACUCACCGCCACCGCAUCGCUCAAAUUCCGCACCAGCCAGACCCCAUUCCAUGUCGAAGGCCGCGCGAAAAGCCUUUCUGGCUGCCAAGCAAACCAAGGCCAUGGAGAAACUGGACAAAAUGAUUGAAGAAGCCCAGGAAGUGGAGUCGCAGUCAACGGCGAAGGCAGCCAAUAUGCGUCUAGCCAUUUUCGGACACGAUGGCGGUGGCGUGGGAGAUUUGGCAGCCGGUGGUUGCCCUCUAUUUCUGCCACCACCACCAGCCCAAGCGAUGGGUCGUGCCAUGCCGAGCUCCAUAUCCGAUUCGAGUAUUUGCAAUCAUGGGCAUAGCCAUGCACCCAGCUGUCAUCACACGCUGCACGAACCGAAGCUGAGCAACAGCCAGAGUUUCCAGCAUGCCCGCAGCUCUGGGCCAAUUACACAUCAAUGCUGCAGUGGUUUUGGCCAUGGCAAUGGACGACACUCGCACCGCAUGCACUCGAAUGCCUGUAAUCUGCUCUAGACAGAGAGAGAGAAUGAGAACUAAGAAUACCUGACAGUGGAACUGAAACCAAAAACACUUCUUCAUAUCGUACAAUAUGUUUUUGUCAAUGUUUCCGCGUGCGCUUUAUAGAGACGAUAGAGAGCAAUUAUUAGAGAUUAGUUAGUUGUUGAUUCUCAUAAUCUAUGUGUACCUAGUCUACAUGAUGUAUUGUAUGUAUUUAUAACUUUAGGUAGUCUUGCUAUGAAGCGCUUUCUAUGUCUAUUGUCUAGUGAAUUAUCAACUAUUUAACUAUUUAUGAAUCUAUUUAGCUACAUAUGUUAAAUGUUUAAACGCAAGAUACAAAUUUCUUGACCUCUCGAAAAUGACAAUACAAAUACACACAACAAAAUACGUUAAGAGAAUAUUUGUUGAAUUAAGGCUUCACACACAUCCCCGGUACCACCUGACAUACAUAUACAUGUACUUAAAUUAUAUACUAUAUAUUCUAUAUACUUACAUAUGUGUAUCUAUGUAUAAUAUUUGUAGUAGAAAUGCUUCAAGAUACUUAAUUAUUUUUUUAAAAACGUCAAGAGGAAAGUAAAAAGCUAAAGAACGAAGAAGUAAAAAAAACGGGCACUCAAAGUUCAUAUAUUGUAGUAUGUAUAUUUGUAUUUUGAGAAAUGCAUCAACUUUAGGUCCAGAGAUAAAUACAUAUGU